AUGUCUGUAAAGCUCUUUGUUGGAGGUCUAUCUUGGGAUACUGAUGACCGUGCUCUCAAAAGUAAAUUCGAAGAAUAUGGGACAGUCGAAGAUGCUGUAGUCAUUCGUGAUCGUGAAAAUGACGAAUUUUCAAUUGAAGCAAUUCAAGAAGAAAUUAAUAGAAUGGGUUCAAGUUUAAAAAAGAAUCAUCAUUCGCCUAGUUUUUCCUCGAAUAAUUCUUUAUCGAAUCUAUCAUCCCAACAAUUAUUUGUUCGACAAUCAAGAUCAAAAUCUAAUUCAUUGUUAAACAAUAAUGAUCAUACAUUAUUACCACCUUUAUCACCUAUAAGUUCUAAGCCUUUACAAAUCAAUGGCUUAACAAUAGAAUUGCCUGCUAACAAGAGUGCUACAUCUAAUAAUAAUAAUUCACCGUCCUCGUCAUCUUCACCAACGUUAUCAUCUUUAAUAGACCACUCCGCCCCCUCCGUAUUAUUGUCACGUCUAUCACCUAUUCCAGAAACGUUUAAUUCACAUUCUCCAAUUUCUUCUGUAGGAUGGCUUGAUGAAAGUAGUAGUGAUGAUGACAGUGAAGGUUCAACCACUAGUAGUGGUAGCGAUAGUAGCAAGACAGUAACAGCAACUACCACCACUACUACAACAGGAAAGAAAAUACGCAGAACUCCUACAACUGGUCAUAGAUUAAAUGGUAAAUCAUUAUCAUCCAAGAAAAAAAAGAUUCCUUUAUCAUCUUUGUCAACAUUGCCUCCACCAUUACCACCAUUACCAUCACCUGCAACUUCUUUAACAUUUCAAAAAGUGGAUAAAUCAUCAUCAACUACUACCGCAACUACAACCACUUUGUCCUCUUCACAUGACACUAAAUAUAUUGCUACUCUUGUUACUAAUAGAAGUGACAACAAAGAUAAUUCAAUUAAUAGAAGAUCAAAUGAAGAUUUAAAACAACAACUUUAUCAUCGUCAUACAAAACAUCGCAGAUCAAUUGAUAAAAAUAUUAAUGAAAAUAAAAAUACUAUUAGUCGUCGCAGAUCAAUUGAUAAAAAUAUUAAUGAAGAUAUAAACACUAUUAUACAUCGUAGAUCAAUUGAUAACAAUAUCAAUGAAGAUAAAAAUACUAUUAUACAUCGUAGAUCAAUUGAUAACAAUAUCAAUGAAGAUAAAAAUACUAUUAGACGCAGAUCAAUUGAUAAAAAUAUUAAUGAAGAUAAAAAUACUAGUACUACCAACAUUGUUAGACAUCGCAGAUCAAUUGAUACUAUCAAUCCUAGUAACAAUGUCAUUAGCACUAGUAAGAAACAAAAAGAACCUAAUAAUAAUGCUAUUUAUAAUCAUCAUCACCAAAAAGGCCAUACCGCUGAAGAACAGCAACGCGGACGUGCAAAAUCUAGAGCUAGAGAACCAUUAAUAACGAAUGUUGAAGAACAACAACGCGGACGUGGCAAGUCUAGAACUAGAGAACCAUUAAUAACUAGUGUUGAAGAGCAACAACGCGGACGUGGCAAGUCUAGAACUAGAGAACCAUUAAUAACCAGCGUUGAAGAACAACAACGCGGACGUGCCAAAUCUAAAGCUAAAGAACCAUUAAUAAAUAACAUUGAAGAACAACAGCGCGGACGUGCCAAGUCUAGAAAUAGAGAACCAUUAAUAACUACCAAUGUUGAAGAAUCACCAUCACAACAACGUGAAACACGUGCUAAAUCUAAAACAAGAGAAUCUAAAAACGGAAAGCAGAAAUCUAAAGGACGGUCAAAAGAUUUUGAUUUUGCUGAUCAAGAUAAACAUCCAUUACCUCGUCGUGACAAAACGAAAUAUUCGGAAAAUUCAACACAUAUUGAAAAUAGUGAAUUCAAGCAGCUUACAGCACAAAUAUAUAUUGAAGAAACACAUCAAUCCAAAAAAAUAUCAAUAACAUCUGAAAUGACAGCUUUGGAUGUAUUGAAUUCAUUGCGUAAUAAUAAAUCAAUUAGUGAUGAUGAUUCAUGGACAAUAUUUGAGCUAAUUAAUGAAUUUGGAUUAGAACGUCCAAUAAGGGAUUGGGAAUAUUUAUCAAGAAUUAUUGAAACUUGGGAUUUUGAUAGAAAGUAUGCAUUUGUUCUAAAGAAAUAUCCAUAUAGAAAUGCAUUAACAAUUGAUGGGUUCAAUAACGCUGUUCCGCCAAUGUUUGGUUUCUUACAUAUGGAAGUAAAGAAAAAUAAAUGGCAAAAAAGAUAUUUUCAUGUUAAAGAUGGUUCUUUAUAUUACAAUAAUAAUGGCAAAGAUACUAAAUCAAAAACCAGCGACAAUUUUUUAUGUACAAUGGCAAAUUUCGACGUUUAUUCGCUAAUAAAAUCGUGUAACAGGAAACCACCAACAAAAUUUGUUUUUGCAUUAAAAUCUCAAGAUAAAAUAACAAUGUUUGAAAAUCCUGAAAAUGAUUAUAUUAAAUAUUUAUGUGCUGAUCAUUACGAUAAAAUGAAAGAUUGGGUAUUAAGCAUUAGUACUGCUAAGAAUAAUUUGAUGCUUGCUGAAAAUCCCGAAUUGUUCUUAAAAAUGGGCUUUAAAGAUGAUAGUAAUAAAGAUAAAAUAAUUACUGAAAAAUCAGAUUCAUCAUUAUCACAGUCUUUUCAGCAACAACAAAACGUUCGCAGUAAUCAUCUUGGAAAACCUAAUUCUGAAGUAAUGUUUAAAGAAGGUUCUUUACUGGGUUCUAGUGAUAAAAAUUUAUUGGCACCAAAUGCUUCUAGUACUACCACUAUUAGAUCAUUGUUGGAUACAAAUGAAGCUUUACUUGAAGAAGUUAAAGAACGAGAAAAAUUGCGUAGAGCAUUAAAUGGAUCAGGAUAUGUAAAAGAUUCAAUGAAUAAUAACACGUACAUUAAUAUUAGUGAAUCUAUAAAAUUUAAUAAAGGUUCUUUAUUAGAUAAAAAUCGAGAAAUUGUUGAAUCAUCAUCAACUAAUAACACAGAUGGUGCUAGUUUUGGUAAUGGUAGCGCUAAUAAUAAUAACAUGACUGAUCAAUUGAUUCAUAUUGAUGAAGGAAUAAAAUUUAAUAAAGGGUCGUUACUUGAAGAAAAUCAAGAAAAGAAACUUAGUAAAAAAUCAAUGAAAACAGUCGGUGGUGGAGGAGGAACAUUAUUAACUCUUGAUAUACCAUCACCACCAUCAUCAUCGCAAUCACAAUUAUCAACUAUGCAAUCGCCAUCGAAUAAUAAUGGCAAGAAAUUAUUAGAAAUAGAUCUUAAACUUGAUGCGCAACAUACAUUAGCGUUAAGAAAUACAAAUAUACAACCUUUAUUAAGUUUUGUACCUAGUGAAAACAAAGAAAUAGAAACGGCAAAAUCACCAAGAAGAUUUUUAUUUGGCGUGAUUGGGAAGAGUCGUAAUAAUAAUAGUAAUAAGAAUGAUAAUGAUAAUAAAUUAAGCGAUAAUGAAUAUAAUACCGAAGAGGAAGAAGAGGAACCAAAGAUGCAAGUUUUGGUGACAGAUAUUCCAGAUCAAAGAUUAUUUCCAAAAUGGCUUGAAUCCAUAGCAUAUUAG